UAUGUGUUAAGCUGUCUGUAAGACAAGCACAGUUCCUGGUACUCUCCCACUACCAUCCCCUCUCAUUCUGCAGUGCGAUCCGAUUUCAGGAAGUUCCCACCCACCAAACGCUACAGCUAAGAAACUCAACUCACUUGGAAGCAAAACUCAAAAAUGCCUGAAAACCUCUUGAAAAAUCCAAAUGGAGAUGAGGAUUUUGAGCACUGGGAGUUGAUAGAGAACGGUGGAGACGAAUGGCGUAUAGAGGAGAUGCCAGGAGACUGUGGAUACGACUUCAGUGUUGAUUAUUCAGUGACUAAAUAUUUCUGCACCUCGUUUGAGCCGUGUCUAAAAAAACAAGUGAUUAAUCUGCUGGAAAAUGGUUGCGACCCUGAAACUUUAGAUAUUGCGCAGCCUGCGGUCACUGUAGAGGACUGGUACAGUGGCCGAACAGACUGUGGGUGCAUUUAUAAACUUUCUGUGGCACUGCUCGAUGAAAACCAAGAGGUCAUUGCUGAAUUUAACCCAGAUGAUGUGACUUUGGACCCUGAUACGGAUGACUGCUCUUGGAAAAAGGUGACACACACAUUUAAAGAUUACGGUCCUGGUCUACGCUUCAUCUCUUUUGAACAUGGUGGUGAAGACACUAAAUUUUGGAAAGGCUGGUUUGGAGUGAGAGUCACUGGAAGUUCUGUCACCAUAGAAUCUUAAAGGCAAACCCUAUUGUUACUGAUUGGUUAAAAUCCUCUAUCAGCACUUUGCUUUUGCAUACUAUAACUAUAACUAUAAAUAACUAGUAUAGAAACAUUACAGAAACCACAGCUGAGCAUUUAAAAACCAUGCUUAAAAGCAAAUCCUGUGCUUAUAUUUUUUUAGAUUUAUAAAAUAAAUGCAUAUUCAGAACACAAAUAUAUAAACUUAUCUCAGACUGAAAAAAGAAAACAUGUGAAGGAUUAUUUAAAAUAAUUUUCUGCUUUUAUUUAUCCCAGUAAAAAUCUCUGUAUGUAUUUACCACCUGUGUAUAAUCCUUUAAAAAGCAAUAUUUAUGUUUAAAUGUAUUAUUACUAAUGCUUUUCUAUUGCAAAUGCUUCAAAAUUAACUAGUCUCAAUAUGAGUAACAUGAGCAAACACAGCACAUAUAUUUAUGUCAUAAAAAUAAAGCAAUAAAAAUAA